ACAUCCGGUGAAAGAAGGUUUUACCGUCUAUUCAUCAAAGUAAAUAUCUGGGCAGUGUAUGGGAAAUAGUGCAUCACAAGACAUGCCACCACCGGUCACUGUAGCUGCUCAGGCGAGACAUACCGCCACCUUAAUAUUCCUGCAUGGCCUUGGAGAUACAGGUCAUGGGUGGGCAGACUGCUUCAGAAGCAUGAAACUACAGCAUAUAAAAUGUGUGUGUCCAAAUGCACCAAUUAAUUCAGUCACAUUAAAUGCUGGAAUGAAAAUGCCAUCAUGGUUUGAUAUAAUUGGCUUGGGUCCAGAUAGUCCAGAAGAUGAGGAAGGGAUAAAGGCCUCCUCAGAAAUUUUAAGGAAACUAAUAGAAGAAGAAGAAAAGGCAGGUAUUCCAGCUAACCGGAUUGUGAUUGGUGGUUUCUCCCAGGGAGGGUCCGUGGCCCUACACCAAGCACUGAGCACUGACAAAAAACUGGCAGGAAUUCUGGCCUUUAGCACAUGGCUGCCUAUGCACAGAAAAUUAGAUCAGGUGAAGAAGUCCAAUAACAUAAAAGAUAUGGCGAUAUUCCAAGCUCACGGUACAGAGGAUCCACUUGUACCUUUCCAGUGGGGAGAAAUCACAUCCAAGGUUCUGGCAUCCAUGUGUGACAAUUAUUCCUUUCACAAAUAUCCUAUGGCUCACACUUCUUGUCCAGAGGAACUGGCAGAUGCAAAGAAAUUCCUAGAAACAAUUCUAUCCUGAUUACCACUAGUCAAAUUAUUGGUUGGUUGUUGAGGCUAAAAUGUAAAAUGAGUGACAUAUUUAUAGUUCUAGAUGUUGAGAGACUUUGCACAGAUAGUAAUACCUCAAGUGCUACAGACCAUUGUGCAAUAACUCGUUGAGUAACAAAGUGUGCUAGUGACACUUGCUGAUAUUCUGUGCUGAUAUCAGUGUGCAGACUUUUUGAUAUAAGUUUUUUUUUUCAAAUUAUCCUGUCAUAAUUAUGCAUGCAGAACUUUUUCCUACUUGUGUGUUGAGUUAUUUCUUUCAUUACAGAAACAUUUCUGUGUAAAAGGAAUGUUUGAUAAAGAAUCUCUCUGCUAAGGAGAUGGUUAAUGAAAAAAAAAAGAAUUCUUUCUUCAAAUGGUAAUAAAGAAUCGCCAGGAACGGUUAAUUUGUCUUGCUCUUUCGGCAAUUCAUUAAAUACUGUGUAUCGUUUAUUUUUCCAUAGUUCUGGAUUUGGGAGGUUAACUUAUUUUUAUAUGCAUGGUUUUACUGUAGCCAUCUGUUAUAAACGCAUGUGACUGUAUGCAUUCACCAUAUAAUCGCAAGUAGCAUUCAUUUAAGCAAGACUUUUUAAAAUUGUUCAUGAAUAUUUGUAUUGAUUAAUUUGAUUAUUUUUGUCCAUCGAUUUAAAUUUGCACAAUUUUUUCGUAUCAAUUUACAGUACUAGUAAUUGGUACUUUAGUUACAAUGAAUUUAGUAUUAAUAUUUUUAAUGUGCUGAUUCAGAUGAUUUCAAAAUCAUUUCCUUUAGUAAACAUCAUAUUUAUUUUAAUCAGAGUUUAUAAAAAGAUUACAGCAAAAAUAUCUGUCAAAAGUGUUAAAGAAGUUUUUCAUAUUACAGAUUUAUAUUUACAUGUAUAUGUACAAUGUAUUUGAACUAUGGGCUUAUUAUCACAAAUUGUUGAAGCAAAAUAUCAAAAUCUUGUGAAGACAAGCUGUAUUGAAAACUAUGAGAGGACAACAUUCUUGAUAAAAGUGUAUAGUCCUUGAUUAAUGUUUAUGUGCCAGUAUAUGUUUAUUUUAAAAAUAUUUUUCUGGUGUGUCAGAACAAAGAAGUGUAGUAAAUACACUGCUGUUUAUGCUUUCUUAUAAUGCAUCUUUAAAAUUGUGGUUAGAGAUGAACAAUACUAACGGUAUCAAUAUAUACAAAGUUGGAUCUCAAUACCAUAUCAUUCUUGACUUACUUGUGAUACUUUUUUUUUGCUCAUUAGAAACCUCUUUUUUGUUUUCUUUUCAAAAAUGGCAUCUUCUAUUGUUGAAAAUCAAGUUAAGAUUCGAUAUUCCUUUGUUAAAACAUGCAAUAUGUAAACAUGGAAGUUUAGGCAUGUGAAGUAGUAAGGAAAGAAAGAAUAAAGAAAAUAUAUGGCUG